AUGCUGGAAGAAGUGCCCUUUAUGUUUCAUGAUGAUAUCAUCAAAGGAUUGUACACCAUUUACGUCGUCGAGAAUGUUAGGCAGCACUGUGUGGGUGAUCCUGUAGAGUUUAUGCUUCUAACCCGUCAAAAAGAUUCAUUCACAUUGUCUCUGAAAAAUAACCAAAGGAUAGAUGCAAAUGAGGAAGUCCAUGAUUCGUUUUCCAAGUUCACUUUUACAUCAGAUGUGGACUUGUCAGUUAGGGAAGCAAUGUCAGAUCUUGAUAGUUGGUUAGCCAGAGCAGAUUCAGGGCUUGUUGAUGACCUGGAGAAACUGCCAUAUAUCUGUGUUGCGAUGGAGCACCUGGAACAGAGGAAGAAGUAUUGGAAUGAGCACCAGAUUGCUAGCGGCAAUAAGGCUAGUAAAUAUAGUGAUUGUCAUACAAGUUCUUAUGGAUCUCCACCAACUGCAAAUGCUAUUAAUACUGAUCAAGGAGCAUGUGAGUUUGUAUGGGGAAGUCUAUCUACUAGUGCUGAUGAUAAAUCAAAGUGGUUGGAAAGCCCAGCUCCAGCUAAGAGAGAUGGAGAGCCUUCUUUGGAUCUAACUGCUGAUGUGGUUGAAUCCUUGGAAGACCAAGGUGGAUCUAUAUCGGCUUCAUAUUCUGGUAUGAAGAGUAUGAAGAGACACUCUAAUGGCUCUUGGCAUAGGAAGGACAAAGACUCAUACGACUUCUACCAG